AUGUCUAAGAGUAAGGAGCGAGGGGUCAAGAGAGCAGGCGCUGAAGCCCAGCCCCGAUGUCUCCGAUCGAUCGAGGGCCUCGCCGAAGCUGGACCCGAGGAAAUGAAACGGAAGAUGCACGAGGACAUGGUCUCCUCCAUACGGAACUUUCUUAUUUACGUGGCCCUGCUGCGAGUCACUCCAUUUAUCUUAAAGAAAGUGGAUAGUGUAUGA